AUGCUGCGGGUCCUGUGUCUGGCACUCUGCAGCCUGCUGACCAGCACGCGAGCUGACCCGGGGGCGCUGCUGCGGCUGGGCAUGGACAUCAUGAACCGCGAGGUGCAGAGUGCCAUGGAAGAGAGUCACAUCCUGGAGAAGAUGGCAGCUGAGGCAGGCAAGAAGCAGCCGGGCAUGAAGCCCAUCAAGGGCAUCACCAAUUUAAAGGUGAAGGAUGUCCUGCAGCCUGUCAUCACGCUGAACUUCGUACCUGAAGUGGGCAUCUUCCAGUGUGUGUCCACUGGCAUGACCAUCACCGGCAAGAGCUUCAUGGGAGGCAACAUGGAGAUCAUUGUGGUCUUGAACAUCACAGCCACCAACCGGCUCCUGCAGGAUGAGGAGACAAGCCUCCCCAUGUUCAAGAGCGAAGGCUGUGAGGUCACCUUGGUCAGCGUGAAGACCAACCUGCCUAGCAAUAUGCUGCCUAAGGUGGUCAACAAAUUCCUGGACAGCACCCUGAACAAAGUCCUCCCUGGUCUGAUGUGUCCGGCCAUCGAUGCAGUCCUGGUGUAUGUGAACAGGAAGUGGGCUAACCUGAAUGAUGCCAUGCCCGUGGGCCAGUUGGGCACUGUCAAAUAUGUCCUGUCGUCCACACCGGCCACCACAGCCAGCUACAUUCAAGUGGACUUCAGUCCUGUGGUGGAGGACCCCAAUGGCCAAGCCAUCGAGCUUGCUGGCAAUGGGGAGGCCCUGGAUUUCCCCAAAGACUAUGUUGAAGGGUCCUCGCAGUUGCUGCUCUCGUCCACCCUCCUCUCAGCAGAGCUCACCCUUCUGCAGAAGUCCCUCUCUGUGGACGUCCAGGACAUUAAGAUCGGGAAGCUGUCUCCACAAACCACUAAGACCUUGGCUCGCUUCUUCCGGAAAGUGGCUAAGGCCUAUCCCAAGCCAAAGCCCUUGAUGACACAGAUCAGGAUAAAUAAGCCCCCCAAGGUCACCAUGGAGACGGACAAGAGCCUGCUGCACCUUCACGGCACCCUGGAGAUGUUCGCAGUUCGCAAGCGAGGGAAGGCCCCCGUGUCCCUCUUCCUCCUGGACGUUCAUUUCAACCUGAAAAUCCUCUAUUCAGUGCACGAGAACCGGCUACAGAUGGCCACCUCUCUGGACAGAUUACUGAGCCUGUCCCGAGAGUCCUCAUCGAUUGGUGACUUCAACGAGAAGAAAUUAACUGACUUCAUUACUGAUUAUCUCCAAGAAGCCUAUGUCCCGACUGUCAAUGAUGUGCUCCAAGUUGGGCUCCCACUCCCAGACUUUCUGGCCAUGAAUUACAACCUGGCUGAGCUGGACAUCAUAGAGAAUGCCCUGGUGUUGAACUUGAGGCUGGACUGACCACGGCAGGACUCCCCUGCCAGCUGCCCGCAAAUCACCAACUGACGGCACCCCGUGGAGGCGCUCCCUGGAUUGAAGACAGGCGGGUCUGGACCCCCACCACCAGUGGCUGCUUCCUUUGAAAAGGAGUGAGU